AGAAAGUGGUACAUUCCAGUCCCCCCACCCCACCCCAACACAUUGUGAUAUAAACUGGACCAAGUGCAGUUUUUUUGGGAAUCCAAGAACAUUGACAUAAAAGACGUUUGCAGACGUUUAUUGCUCUGGUGGCCAUGGAACAUACAGAAGUCUGUAAAGUAAAAAAUCUGAAAGAAUUGAUUUCAGAAUUGCGCCGAAUUUUUUCUGAUGACAGUAUCAAUGUGGAGGAAGUGCAAGCUUUGAUGGAAUCGUACGAGAGUAACCCAGAAGACUGGAAUGAAUAUGCUGUAUUUGAUCAAUACAGAUAUACACGGAAUCUCGUAGAUGAAGGGAAUGGAAAAUUUAAUCUAAUAAUUCUCUGCUGGGGUGAAGGCCAUGGCAGCAGCAUCCAUGAUCACACAGAUUCACACUGUUUCAUGAAGAUACUUCAGGGCAAUUUAAAAGAAACCCUGUUUGAAUGGCCAGCGUGUCCAAAAGCAGAAAUGGUGAAGAAAUCAGAGCGAGUGCUGAAGGAGAACCGGUGUGCUUAUAUUAAUGAUUCCAUUGGACUACACCGUGUGGAGAAUCCUAGCCAUACAGAGUCAGCAAUUAGUUUGCACCUGUACAGCCCACCUUUUGAGACGUGUCAGACCUUUGAUCAAAGAACUGGUCACAAAAACAGAGUGAAAAUGACAUUCUGGACCAAAUAUGGAGUGAAGACUCCCUGUACAAUAGCUGCAUCACAAGAAAAUAAUUAAACUUUUAAUUCUUCUGCUGUCCAAAGAAUUAUAAAAGUUGAGCUUCACACUUCUGGACCUGGGAACAAUAUAUGUUGCUACCCCUUGAAUUAUCUAGGACGUCAGGAAUUUAUCCACCUGUUCCAAUGCUUAUUCUAAAUAAAGACUUUUCUUGGUUACUAAAUUAAGGCAAUGGUGCUAUAUGCUGUCAUAGAAGAAUAUAUCAACUUUUUGUCAUACAGGACUGCAAAACAGUAGCAUCUCAUUUUUUCAGUACUUACCUUUUCAUUUCGCUACAUGUAUUUGCCAAGAGCAAGCAAUACCUUUCACAAUGUUUGCUAGCUUGCUCACACAGCUUAAAUGUUUUGUUUUUUUAUGCAGUGGUAGAGCUGUAUAUAAGUAAAGCACAAUGAUUUUAAUUAGUCAGAUUUCUAUUUUCUGUGAAUGAUUUACACUUUUAAACUUAAGAAUAUAAUUUGGAAUACCACUGGUUAAGAGUUAGAAGAUGGUUUUCAUCUUACUAAUAAAAAGGCAUUAUUUCCUGUUAUAAUAAAUGCUUUUUAUGUAAAAUGGA